GUUAGCGCAGACGGAAGUGGUACUGCCCUGACUAGCCUAAGCAGCGAAACGGGAGGACGACUUGAUUCUGCGAGCGUUUACAGACAAAAACCGGGAGUCGAAAUUAUUAAACUUCUCGACAUGGACAAGAGCGACCUGGUGCAAAAGGCUAAGCUAGCCGAGCAGGCUGAGCGCUACGAUGACAUGGCUGCCUCCAUGAAGGCCGUCACCGAGGGCGGAGGCGAGCUGUCCAACGAGGAGCGCAACUUACUGUCUGUGGCUUACAAGAACGUGGUGGGAGCUCGCCGCUCCUCCUGGCGCGUCAUCUCCAGUAUCGAGCAGAAGACAGAGGGCAAUGAGAAGAAGCAGCUGAUGGCACGCGAGUACCGUGAGAAGAUCGAGACCGAGCUGCAGGACAUCUGCAAUGAUGUUCUGAGUCUUCUGGAUAAGUUCCUCAUACCUAACGCUAGCAUGGCAGAAAGUAAAGUCUUCUACCUGAAAAUGAAGGGAGAUUACUACAGAUACUUGUCUGAAGUGGCAUCUGGAGAUGCAAAGAGAUCAACAGUGGAAAACUCUCAGCAGGCCUAUCAGGAUGCGUUCGACAUCAGCAAGAAGGAGAUGCAGCCCACACAUCCCAUCAGGCUGGGGCUUGCUCUCAACUUUUCAGUUUUCUAUUAUGAAAUCCUCAACACCCCAGAGCAGGCCUGCAGUUUGGCAAAGACGGCUUUCGAUGAAGCAAUUGCUGAGCUUGACACUUUGAACGAGGACUCUUAUAAAGACAGCACUCUGAUCAUGCAGCUACUAAGGGACAACCUCACUCUGUGGACAUCAGAAAACCAGGGUGACGACGCGGAUGCCGGAGACGGUGAAAACUAAAGGCGUUGCACUUCACUGUUUAAAUCCACCCUCACUCUUUAUCGUACACAAACGGCCCAUAAUUCCCUACUCCAUCUCCUUCACUUUAACUGGCCUUUCUGUAUGACGAGCAGCAUGAACUGUAUGUAGUACCGGGUUAUAACCACCCCCUCCUUACCAGUGAGGUAAAGAGGGGAUUCAAUAUUAAAGCAAUUUUUUUGUCUUGAUCCUGCAAUUAUUUUUGAACAAGUUAAUGUUAACAGGAUAUGCAUUAUGGUGUCUCAUUUAUUUCCUGUUAUUGUACCAACAAAUGCAAGUUUUAUCCAAACGGUUAAUAGACUGCCUGAUUAAUUUAAUAAUCACUGUGAUACGUAAUUUCUGCUAGUUCCUGUCCAUGGUAAAUUGGAUUAAAUCAAAAUAAAGUUUUGGGGUUUUUUUCUUCCAGAAUUGACAGUUCAAGUCUGUCUUGUCAUACAGAAAGGAAGCAAACAGGCUGUAUUGUGACACUGACUAACAUGCAUUACUGUAGUUGCUGUUCAGUGUUUAUCAUUUUUACUUUGCAUGAAUCCAAGAACGAAAAUAAAAGGGACCCGAGUUGUCGUCAUUCCAAUGUACUCAAAUUAAACAGGAAGCUAAAACAUUCCAUCAGUGGGUAACACCUUUUUUUUUUUUAAUUAAAACUGUUAAUGCAGUUGGCAUAAAGGUGCUGUUAAAGAUCAGCUUAUACAAAUGUUAUUUUUGCCUCAUCUUUUUCAACCUAGUUCAACACAGGGAAGUGUACAGCAGUAAACAUGAGGUAAAUAAAAAUCUGAAAUUGAAAUGUAAACCUACUUUCAACUAAUUCAUGCUUUUAAACAUUUUUUUCCUUACUGUGCCAUUUUAUUUCCCUGAACAGUCCAUGUUUUAGUGAUGCUUUGUCUCAUUUCCAUCUAUUGAUCCAUUGCCUAAUGAUUAUGGAUCUGUACUUGUGGUAUUGACUAAGCUUGACAAUAUUCCCAUUUUUUGUUAAGUGAUUGUUGGGUCUUCUUGGCCACUGAUUAAACUUGGUCCUGGAUUAAAUUAGUGUUGGUCACUCUUACCUGGCAAAUCCUAAUUUCAGAUAAGAUUAAAAAAAAAAAAAAAAAAUAAAUACAGCUGAUAUCAUUAGAUCGAUUACCAUUGCUAUUGGAGGAUCUUGGAAAUGUCAAAUGAUUUCGACCUGCUAUUUUGAUUCAGUGUCACAAUACCUUGUCAUGUCAUCAUUAACAUUCCUCUUAGGUGUAGAACUCAUCUGUGUCCGACGGAAGACACGCCGUUCAUGCACUGAAGAAAAUCACAUCUCACGUUAGCUGAACAAACGACAGUUAUUCUACGCUUAAGAUUAAAAAUAAAAAGUACAGUAGUGAAUGUGGAGCCAAGCCUGUCUGUAUAUCUGGUAUCUCCGAUUGCUUUUGUUUUUACUGACCAGUAUUCUGCCUCCAGUUAGCUUCUGUGACGGUUUUAUCGCUUAGCGCACAUGUGGUUGUGAAAAAUUUAGACUAGAUUAAGAGAAAAAAGACCAAAAAAAAAAUAUCCUACUACAUCCCUGGUUAUUGACGUAAUACUAGAUUUGUGUAUGUCUUUUAAACAGUUAAACAGUUCUAGUUUCACCUUACAUGUUAUCAGAAGAAUUGUAAAAGACAAUUUAAAGUGAAAUAAAAGUUUUAUCAGUUCCAAA